AUCUCUACGCUAAGUAUAAUUGUACUUAUUGCCAGGAGGACAUAGCUGGUUUGCGUGUCAAAUGCGUGGAAUGUGCCGAUUUUGAUCUAUGCCUCCAGGUUGAACUGUCUUCUUAAACUCUAGUUAAGACAUUUGAGUGUUGAUAUUUACAUACACAACACGUGACAUGAUUGGAUGACAGUUGUUGGAGCACGUGACAAUGAUGUUGUACAAAAGUGUAACGCACAACAGUACAUUUCCUUUUGCAUGAAACAUUUUGUCAUCAAGCGGGGUUGUAUACUUUUACAAGGGCACAAAAACAAUUCAAUUUUUCAGUGUUUUUCUGCGGGUGCUGAGAUAGGAUCGCACAAAAAUGAUCACCCUUAUCAGUUUAUGGAUUCUGGUACUAUAAGCAUAUUUAGUGGAAGAGGCAAUUGGACGGCCAGAGAACAACUCAGACUGCUUGACGCAAUUGAACAGUUUGGAUUUGGUAACUGGGAAGAUAUAAGCAAACACAUUGAAACCAGAACCCCAGAUGAGGCAAAAGAAGAGUAUAUCGCCAGAUAUCUGGAGGGAAAUAUCGGCAAGCAUACAUGGCCUUCGACCGAAAGUUACAAACCAAACCUCACAGAUCAAACAAGCUCUGAUCAUGGACCACUGUCACCCGACUUGACUUCACGGCUACCACCAUUGGAUGUCACUCCGGAAGAAGCUGCCCAACUAGGAUACAUGCCGCAGCGAGAUGACUUUGAACGGGAUUACAACCAUGAAGCUGAGUCCCUCGUUUCUUCGUUAUUCCUCAACCCCGCAGAGGAUGACGAUCUUGAUAUUGCGCUCAAGUUAGCCCAAGUCGAUAUGUACACCAACAACUUGCGCGAGAGAGCGAGAAGAAAACGUGUUGUCAGAGAUUAUCAGCUUGUUUCUUCAUUCUUUGCAGCAACAAGAAAAGAUCGAGCGGUAAAAAAAAAAUACAGCAAAGAAGACAGAGAAUUUCGGGAGCGAACUCGGAUGUUUGCUCAAUUCUACACAGCGCAAGAGUACGAGCAGUUUUUGACCAACUUGGAAAGAGAACGGGAGCUUCGGCUACGAUUGACUGAACUUGGUCGUUACAGAGAAAAUGGUAUAACCAGGCAUGAAGAAUGUGCACAUUUUGAACAAGUCAUGGCCCAGACUCAAGGCCAAGCAGAAACUGUCGAACACUGGACUGAGAAAAAAUCUGGCAGCAGUGGGCCGUCCACACCAACACACCGCCAAUUCUUAAAAAAAAGAGAAGAAGAAAAAAAUUGCUGUUCAAUCGACCCAAAAUGCACGUCAAAGGCAGACUCGGCCAGCAACAGCUACAUAAUCAAUCGAACCAGUCCCAGUCGGACGACGAUUCCAGUCAAUCAGUUGGUGGUGCAAGAUAGCAAUGCCAAUGCAUUGCAUCCGCUAAUUGCUAUUUCAAAAACUACCUUGGAGAAAGGCAGCAACUCUACUGUUGCAUCCAUCAAGGUUUCCUCAAUGGGUUUUACGGAUCCCAAAAAAAAAGACAUAGAGAUGGAAGCUGCGGCUCAACUUCUCACCAAGCAAGAAAAGACCCUGUGUCUCCAGCUCGAUAUGAAACCAACGCAAUACCUCACCCAAAAAACACUUUUGUUGCAAGAGUAUCUAAAUGGCAACAGGAGGUCUGGCAUCGCACCCCAAUCUGAGCCGGAGAGCAAGAUUCUUCACUAUCUGGUUUCUAAUGGCUGGAUUGCUGCUAACUGACUAACCGAACAAAGUGAUUUACAUGCUACGCCACAUCUCUAAGUCAUCUUAGGUCCGUUGCAAGCUUAGUCUUUGAAAUGAUUAAUUUCAUUGUAAGUCAUUAUUUAAAAUUUGGCUGAACAGGUCGAAAGAACGGUAUCCUCCUUAUCCCGUUGCUGUCCGCUAUGCGUUCUCCAUGUUUCUACAAAUCAACAGCCCAAUAAUUUCUUUAUGCAGUCGAAAAAAAAUAUAAAGUCACAUUCUACUCGUGUGAAGAUUGCUGUAAAACAUCAAUAGAGCUGAAUAUUUAACGUGAUGAUAUUUAUACCUAAGUUGAUAUUUUAUAUAACUAUGUUGUACCAUUCCGGUUGAUUUAGAUUCACCGAAUGGCGUCUUUGUUUCAGAAAGCAAUGAUUUUCAAGUCCUUCAUCUGCUUUCUGUAUCGCUCUGAAUGUUUUGCUCAAAAUAAUUUUUGUCAAAUACGUUAUUGCCUCGAUAAUUUUACGUAGGUGUGAUAUCGAACCAUUCUUUUUACCUAUUCAGAAUUCAGUUAGAUGUAGGUAGGUUAAAUGCUGGUAGGGUGAUCAGCCAAUAGAAUAGAUAAUGAACCAAAUUUUUGUCCUGGAAGUAUAAAGUUAAUCGCUAAUAUUGGAUUGUAUGCUAUCGACUCAUAAGCAUUGAAGUAUUCUCAGUUUAGUUGAUGUGAAUUCUAACUAAUUGUAAGGUAUAUUUGUUCACUCUCUAUUGAGAAAUGUCUAAAGUUUUAGAACAAACCAAAGUUAACAAUCGGAUCGGUUAAUACUUUGAUAAAUAAGUGUCUUGGAGCGAACGUGCCACUGGUGCCUCAGGGGUGUUCCUCUACCACCAAAUUGCUAAAUAAAACACGUGUAUAAAUUACAGGUAAUAUUGGACAUGCUUCUAUCAGAAAUGAAUUCUAAGUUAUUUGAUAGUACCUAGUAAAGAAGAAGUAAGAGUAAUUCGAGUCAUUAAUUUUCUGAAACUGUAUUAGUAUAGUUUCAUGAAUUUCAUUUACUAUAAUUCAUCGAAAAUACAGUUUCAAUCGAAACAAUGAUUCUAUUUAUUAGCUCCUCAUCAGAUGUUAUCCAGAUCUUGCGUAAUUUUCAACUUUGAAAUAGUCGAGUUACGCUUUUGCGGUAGAAUAAGCGUCGGGGAGAAUUAGUAGUCUGUUGAAAUAUUCGGAAUCUUCGUUUUAUUGGUGAAACAUAAUUGUUAAAACAUGGUGUAAACUUAAAACAGAUGAUAAACGAACGAAAAAAAUACGA